AUGGGUCGGAGAAAGAUCGAGAUCAAGGCCAUCAAAGAUGACCGCAACCGCUCAGUCACAUUCCUGAAACGAAAGGGAGGUCUGUUCAAGAAGGCGCAUGAGCUUGCUGUCCUUUGCUCGGUUGACGUCGCUGUCAUUAUUUUUGGCCACAACAAGAAACUAUACGAGUACUCAUCAUGCGACAUGCAUGAUGCUCUUGGUCGCUAUCAAUAUUUUGGCCCUCCCCACGAGCACAAAGGACCGGAAGAUUUUGCGGGCAAGCGAGAUGACGAUGAUGAGGAAGACGAGGCCUCGCCGGCUCCCGAGGACAUCCAAGCAGUUCAACAGAACCACCCCGCCAUUCCCCCCCACCUCCAAAACCAGCCCGCCUUCCAGCACAUGAAUCAUGCACCCUCCGCGUCACCCCCGAUCCAUCAUGCUAUGACACGUCAUGGCACCCCGCAACCGCAAGGCACUUCGCGUCCCUCUUCCAGGAAUCAUAUCCGCCGAGUCAGUUCAAAUCUAGGUCCCCAGCAACACGGUACACCUCCGCCGCCGCCACCUGCCCCCCAGAAUGGCGGGUUUACGUACAUGGGUAAUCCGUCCAUGUAUAACCCGAACGUUCAUGCGAUGAACCAGCAACCUCGACCGGCACAGUUUGCACACUAUGGACACCCACCGGGACAACAUCAAGGGACGCCUCCUAUGCACCCGCACGGUUUACCACAGCAAAUGCCACCACAACACCAGGGCCAACAGCAUUUCCAACACGGCCACCCGGUAGGAAUGCCUCCCGGGCCCCACCAACAUGUGCAGCAGGCAUAUAUGCAGGAACAUGGAAGAAAUUCUAUGCCUCCAGGGUUCGCACCUGAUCACCAAGAACGGCCUGCCUCGGAGCAUCCCCAGGAUGAUUCGGUGAUGAAAGCAGAGCACAGCCAGUCGCCACCCCAAAUAAAGUCGUUGUCGAAAUCACGGAGUAUUUUCACACCUAUUGAUGAUCGAGGAUCGGUGCUCGCCCGCCAUUUUGGAGCCGGAGCCGGAUCAUAUGAAUCUCACAAUAACCAUUCUCUCAAGGUCGAAGCACCACAAGCUUCGAUUGCUUCCAAAUCAAUGCCUGUCAGAGCCGCGACGGAGGCUCCUCGUGCAGGGUCAAUUGCUUCGACGCCAAAAAUCAAACCGCCAUCCCGAACUAACAGUGGGCCGUUGCCAUCAAAACGACCGCAGUUGAAGGUGCAGAUCCCUAGCGAAACCUCCGAUGCUGGCAGUGCCACGGCCGACUCGUCGCGCGAUUCCGCUGUGAAUAAGAACUCCCCGCCUGCGAAAGGAAAUGUCGAAAAUGGCCCGCCGGGCGUAGUUUUACCCCCUCCUUCGCCAUCCGCCGGUGCAAUAUUGAGUGCGGGAGCCCAAGGGCCUCCAAAUCCGUUCGCCCGACCGCCUCCUCCCGUUGCCGCAACUCGAAACGACUCUUACGGCAGCAAUAGCGGAAAUGCAAACAAUGGGAAUAACUCAAAUAACAUCGAAACGCCCAUAUCUGCCCUGCCAAGCCGCUUUGUAUCCGAUGCACUCCUCCCGUCACCUUCCAGCUUCUUCCCCGAAUGGGGCUUUGGCCGGUCAGGCCCUGACUCCAACAUGCUGCCCAGUCCCCUCACCUUCCCGACUCCGGCAGUACAAAGCGGUCCUAGCUUUUCUCGAGAAGACGAUCAAGACAAGAAGAGAAAAAGCCCAGACAGUGGAUCCGCAGGGGAAGGUGCACAUAAAAAGCCGAAAACCUGA